AUGGCGAAGAACAAGCGUCGAGUCCGCGACAGCAGUGUAUUGCUGCCAUCCCAUAACCGCAAACCCAAAUCUUCAGUUUCUCAACGCAUUACUCGCCGCAUGACUACCGACGCCGCUCGCGAUGCUGUGCUCUACACGGCAGAAUUGCUCCAGCGGAUCUUCGAGUACUUGCCGCCGCAGUCUAUCCUGACCGCCCAGCGUGUUUGCCACCAAUUCCGCGAUAUUGUCGCCCAAUCGUCCGAGCUGCAGAACAAGAUGGUCGGGAAGGACGAGUCGGCUGUGGUGGAGCAGUGGAUUGUACAGGAAUUUCCUGGAAACAUGGGAGAAGGCAUAUUCUUCCACCGACUGAACCAAGAAGCACUUCCUCUUAUCACUCUCGCCACGACCGAUUUUACUUACACCUUGAUCACACCAAACGACAUGAUCUUUCGCCGUUGGCUCCCUCCAAUGACCGAAGCAGAACACGCAUCCGCUGUCAAGAGCAACUACGGCGGCGACGUCUUCAAACUAGCCCCGAGUCUGAAAUCUGCGCUUCUGGAACUCAGAUCCGAUCCGAAAGCAUCAUGGCAGGUCCUUCGGGAGGCGCUCAACAGUCGGGAAGAAGACAUGUUCAUCCGCGCCGCGUGGACCUACCUGUACGAUGGCAACGUCAAGAGCCUUGACUACCUCUCACUCAAUCUCCGGCCCUACAUGCCUGUGACGAGCAUAGUCCGCUUGGGCUCUCGAUCUCUGCAAGAGGUGAUUGCCGAGAAAGAGCAGGAAUAUGGCGUCGGCGCGGUUAUGGACGCUGCGCCGUCCAUCAGCUUCUGGGGCUGUAUCCAGCCCUCCGAGAGUGUCAAGAAGGACGUGAGAGAUCGCGGCUCAGAGGAGGAUGUGGUGGCGCAAUUGAAAGCAGGAAUUUGGUUCUAA